CAGCAAUUACAUAAUACUCAGUGGAAAUUAUGGCUUUACCUGAGGGAUUAGCUGGUAAAAUGAAGACUUUUCAGGCAAUAAAUGAUCUGCCCGUUCACCUGAAAGGUGGACCAGCCGAUAAAGUUCUAUUUGGCAUUACUGCAGCUCUGUGUGGUGUGGGUUUAGUGAGCAUCGUGCACAUGAUCUACACAAUGGGUUUCUCUAAAAAGAAGGCAUAAAAAAAUGACAUGUUGUAGCCUUAUUAACUUUAGUAGUUUGAUAAUGCAAUAAAAGUAACCAAAUCAUGAUGCAAU